AUGUCGAGAUUCCUAGCUAAGGGAUUUGUGGCGACACGAGCGAGCGUUGGUCGUUUAAACAGCAUGGUGGUAGAUGUACUGGUUAAUCACGGCUUGAAAGCAGUAGGAGUGGGAAGUUGUGGAUACCUCUGGACCAGUGAUAAGAAGCUGCCGUGGUUUACUAUGUGGGGACAGGUUUUGUAUGACGGUUUGAGCGGUUUGCUUAACUCUGGGAUCAUCCCGGUGAUGCACGGCGACUGCGUGCUUGACGAAAAACAGGUUUGCACUAUUUUAUCGGGCGACACGAUUUUCUAUUGGAUGUGUCGGGCGUUUAAGCCUUCGAGAGGAAUCUUCUUGACAGAUGUCGCGGGUAUUUAUGACAAACCACCUAAUGAGGAGGGAGCUAAGUUGAUACCGAGAAUCUCGGCUAGGGGAGAUGCGAAGUCGAAUAUCAAAACAUGCGUACCUGCUCAUGAUGUGACUGGCGGCAUUGAGACAAAGCUGGCUUCUGCAGUGGAAGUUGCUAAAGACUUGGGAAUACCAGUUUAUAUAGUACAAGCUGGCACUAAGAGCGCCCUUGAAGCGAUGGAGGGACGCGAACCGGAGAUAUGCACGGUUGUUGUUCCUUAA